AUGUCCUCUGCUCAUGAUGCCACCACCAAGAUCUCCAUUGACAAGUUUGACGGCGACAACUACGCGACGUGGAGCCGCUACAUGCGUGGCGUGUUCCUGACCAAGUCGGCGUGGCACGUGGUGAACCGGGAGACGUCGCCGACCUACGCGGACGAUCGCGCCAUGGACGACUACGUCAAUGCCAACAACAUCGCUUUCGGACUGAUGUUGCUGCACAUGGACGCAGACUACCAUCACAUCGUCGAUGACUGUGAAGAGGCGUGGAUCGCGUGGGCGCGUUUGAAGACGCUGCACGGCGGGUCGCAGAAGGCUGGACGCAUCUACUUGAAGCGCCAGCUGUUCAGCAUGGAGAUGGCGGAAGGCGGCAAUGUGAUGCAUCAUUGCAACGAAGUCCUCAACAUCAGCGCGAAGCUCAGCAGCAUCGGCGCCAAGAUGGAGGACGAGGACGUGGCGAUCUGCUUGUUGCGCAGCCUCCCCAAGAGCUACGAGAACGUCGUUCUCAACUUGGAGAUGAGCAGCGCGGAACUGCGAUCGCGAGACGUCGUGAGAGUGCUCACGAAUGAGCUCAUCAAGAGGCAAGGUGACAAGACGACAUCGGUGAAGACUGAAGACGCGGCGAAGGCGUUCAGUACCGAGCGUGAACCUCGCCAGUGUACAUACUGCGGAAAAUUGGGGCACACGGCGGAGCGGUGCUGGACCAAGCAGAAGGACGAAAAUCAAGAUGGAGCUCGACGCGGCAGCAACAAUGCUCGUGGACGCGGAGCCAACAACGUUCAGUGGCGAAUCAACAGCACCUACGACGACAACUACGAUCGAGUUGCAUUCGCGGUUUCGCUGCAGGCUGGACUUUCGACGGGCAAGAAUAUGCCAGGGAUGUGGGCAGUCGACAGCGGUGCGACGCAUCACAUCUGCAACGACAAAGCCAAGUUUGCAAGCUUGAAUGAGCGAGAGGAAGGCGAACUAUCAGUGGCUGAUGGCAGCAAGGCUGCGAUCAAGGGUGUGGGAACCAUCAUGGAACGGGUGGUUCUGCCCAAUGGUGACGAACGCGACAUCGAGAUUAAGGACGCACUGUUCGUACCAAGUAUGAGCAAGAAUCUGCUUUCGGUGCCACAGAUCAACAAGGCGGAUCUCGUCGAUGGACUUUACUGGCUGCGGACUCCUCAACGAUCGGCAAAUGCAGCAACACGCAAUGGGACUAUCGACUUGCAUGCGCGCAUGGGUCAUGCACCCCUCGAAGUUCUGCGCAAGAUGGUGGCCACUGGCAUGAUCAAGGACGCCAAGGCACCUCUCAACUCGACUGGUCCAAGUGUGUGUCGCGGUUGCCAGCAAGGAAAGAUGGUCCAAAAACCAUUCCCAACCAACCGUGACAAACGCCAAUAUGGUGUGUUUGAGUUGCUGCACUUCGACAUCUGCGGGCCAAUGGAACAAGUCUCGAUCGGCGGCAGCAAAUACUUACUGCUUGUGGUUGACGAAGCUAGCGGUUGCAUGAAGGGCUUCUGUCUGCGGUCCAAGUCUGAGAGUGAAGACUGUAUCAAGAACCACAUCAUCAAGAUUCAAACUCAGUUCGGCACGAAGAUCAAGUUUGUUCGGCACGAUGGAGCGCAUGAGUUUGCGACCAACUCCAUCAAGACCUUCUACGAAGAUCAUGGUAUCGAACAACAGAUCACGGUGCCGUAUGCACACCAGACCAACGGCACCGCAGAACGCGCGAUAAGGACCAUCGUCACGAUCGGACGCAGCUUGUUGCAUCAUGCAAAACUGGAGAAGUGUUUCUGGGCUGAAGCGGCAAUGACGGCGAUCUACAUCAAGAACCGCCUGCCUUCACCCAAGAUCGACCACAAGACUCCGUUCGAAAUCGUGUACAAGUCGAAACCAAGUGUCAAGCACAUGCGCGUGUUUGGAUGUCGGGCGUUUAUCCUGACACCAAGGUGUUGUAAGUGCAUGAUGUGUUGUAACUUGAGCGCGAGGCGAAGAGAAAACGAAGCGGAGAGACCGGAGAGAACGAAGCAGAGAACACUUGCUCACUUGAGGGAGGAUUCGAAAGUGAUUGAUUUAUAG